UCGUCGUCGUCGUCGUCGUUUCAACAUUUGAAAAUCCGUACGAGCGUACGUUAGGCGGCCGCGAACUAGUCGAGCAGGAAGCGUGCACACGUUGGUGUGACACACGCGGUGACACACGNGUCGGCCGUUUGGGUACCGUUUGCAACAUUCCUAUCCGAGCUAUCCGUGGAACGAGUUAGAGGGGAGGAGGCGGAGGAGUAGUGUUCCGGUUAGCCGAACCGUCGAGCCAGCCAGCCGUCGAUGGAUAUGGCAGCCGCUGUUGUUGCUCCUCCACGGUUCCAACGUUGUCGGCGGCGUGCUACCUGUGAAUCGAGCGAACAGGUGUUGUCGCAAGGUGUUGCCCGGGCCGGGAUACGUGAUUCCUCGUGAUAUCAGGCGCACGGCUCGUCAAACUGUCUGCGGUAGUGGUGUGUGCCACUCGUGUUUAACUCGAUCGAUCGUGUGUGCGUGUGUGUGCGUGUGUGUGCGUGCGCGUGUGAGAAAGAGAGAGAGGGAGAGAGACGAUCGACACGAUUCCUCGCGUGCAUUCUUAGUGACCGAAAGUGUUUGACCGAAGUGAUACGCGCUGAGUUUAGGUGUAAUCGGGGUGGCCAAGAAGCGGAGAAGUAGGCCGCGGAGGAGAAAGGAGAGGAGAGGGAAUAUAAUACACGGUUGAAAUUGGUGCGAGGGAGAAGAAGAAGAAGAAGAAGGAGAAGGAGAAGGAGAAGGAGAAGGAGACAGAGUCGUGGGAUACGUGUUGAUCCGCGUCGAUCCGUGUUGGUCCAGAGAAUUAAGGAUGAAGAGCAGGAUGGUCGAUUGCGCGCGAUCCAUAUCCAGGUUUCGCGGCACCCUUCUUCUGCUUCUGACGCUGCUCGCGGAGGUCACGUAUUCGGCAGACCUCGCGAUCGAGAUACCAGGAAACUUGAGCCAGGGAGGUUCUUGGUACCGUUUGGACUACAGCCCUGCAGUCGGUUAUCCACCGCCCAACACCACCAUAGCCGCCAUCGACAUAGGUGACGUGAUAAAAUUCAAGGACGGCCUGCCAGGAACCAAAUACGAAUUUUGGUUGUACUAUAGCAACAGUAGCCUCCACGAUUGGCUAACAUGGACCGCGUCCAUAACUACGGCCCCGGAUCCUCCCUCGAACCUCACCGUCUCGGUGAGAAAUGGGAAGACGGCGAUAGUCUACUGGGCGCCGCCUGCCCAGGGCAAUUAUUCCGGGUUCCGGUUAAGGGUGCAAAGUUUCAGCGACACGGGGAAUCCGAAGACAAGCGUCAUACCGGCGGACGCGGUCCCAUACGUGCUCCGCGACCUCAUACCAGGGGCCACGUACUCCCUCCAACUGUUCACCGUGUUGGACACCAAGGAGAGCGUCGCGUACACGAGCAGGAAUUUCACCACCAAGCCGAACACACCGGGCAAGUUCAUCGUAUGGUUCAGAAACGAGACGACCUUAUUGGUCCUGUGGCAGCCUCCCUAUCCUGCCGGGAUUUACACUCAUUAUAAAGUUAGUAUAGAUCCCGCAGAUGCCAUAGAAUCCGUUCUUUACGUCGAGAAGGAGGGGGAACCCCCCGGGCCUGCACAGGCCGCNNNCAAAGGACUCGUUCCUGGCAGAGCUUACAAUAUUUCGGUUCAAACGGUGUCGGAGGACGAGACUUCGACCCCGACCACGGCUCAGUAUCGAACGGUGCCGUUGCGACCCCUCAACGUCACCUUCGACAAGCCCUCGAUAACGUCCACUUCGUUCCGCGUCUUCUGGAAUCCGCCCGAGGGAACGUCCGAAUUCGACAAGUAUCAGAUAUCAUUGGGGGGCAACAAAAGGCUCGCCCCCGUCACGAGGAACAGGGACGACGAGAGCAAGUGGGAGUUCAAGGACCUGGAGCCGGGGAAAACUUAUCAGGUCGUGGUGAAGACCGUCUCGGGCAAGGUUACCAGUUGGCCGGCUAACGGGGACGUUACUUUGAAACCGUUGCCGGUGCGCGAUCUUAGCGCGGUGAUCGACGAGAAAACAGGGAUGGUGGAAGUUUCCUGGCACCCGGAGAACUCGAGUACCCAGGACAGUUACAAGCUUCAGUAUCACGAAGUGGAAACUACGAUCGGCGGUGAUAGCAACAUGUUGACAACUGAUAAGACCAAGGUCACGUUGGAAGCUUUACUGCCAGGCAGGAAUUACUCGAUAAUCGUGCAGGCGAUUAGCAACAAGGUGGAAUCGAACGAGACCGUGCUGUACCAAGUGACACGGCCCUCGAGCCCGAUAAUCGAAGAUCUGAAGCCGACCGAGAUGGGGCUGAACAUCUCGUGGAAGAGCGACGUUAACUCGAGGCAAGAGAAAUUCGAGGUGACGCACAACAGGAACGACACCGGGGAGAGCGCGACCACCUUAACCACGGAAUCCCACAUAGUUCUCGAGGACCUCUACCCCGGGGCGGCUUACGAGGUCAAAGUUUUCGCCAUUAGCCACGGGCUCAGGAGCGAACCUCACGAUUAUUUUCAAGCUGUUCUGCCCCAUCCGCCAAAGAAUUUAACCAUCGAGAAAGUGACGACUGGGAACACUGUGGUGGUCCGUUGGGAGGCGCCUACGGAUUCCUUGUAUUCCGAGUUUUCGAUACGAUAUCGGACAGAGGACGACCCUAGAUGGGUGAAGUUGCCCAGUGUUCGCGAGACGGAGGCCGAGGUGGCGGAUAUGACGCCGGGGGAGAAGUACACGAUCCAAGUGAACACCGUCAGUUACGGGGUGGAAAGUCUCUACCCCCUUCAAGUGAAUCACACAGUUCGAUCGAACCCGGUGCUCAACAUCACCCCUAUCGUGGACUCGACGAACGUGACCCUGGAAUGGCCCAGGCCCGAGGGUAGGAUCGAAACGUACGUGAUAAGAUGGUGGCCAGUGGACAAUCCCGAGGACGUGCGCACGAAAAAUGUGACGGAGAGCAACGACGUGGCGGGUGGCCUCUACGAAGAGAGCUCGGUGCAAAGGGUGUUGGUCAGCGACCUGAUGCCCGGUGUUCAAUACUCCUUCGUUAUAUGCACCAUCUCCUAUAACUUGGUCAGUGAGAUCACCAAUCUGACUACGAGGACAAUGCCGCUGAUCCAAUCGGAAGUGGUUGUGGUGGUCGAUCAGGAUCAGCCUGACUCGUUGACCUUGAGAUACACACGGACCCCGGUUCAAUCCUCCAAGUUCGAUCUGUAUCGGUUCCGGAUCAGCGACUCGAGGAACACGACGAAACAGAAGAUGGUGGACGACGUGGACACCAAAGUGACCUUCACCGGCCUCACGCCCGGUAAACUGUACAACGUUACCGUAUGGACCGUCAGCGAUAACGUGGAGAGCAGGCCACUGCUCAGGCAGGAUCGACUUUAUCCCGAACCGGUCACAUCCAUCGAAGCCAUGGACAUCAACGACACGAGGAUCACGCUUACGUGGGACAUACCGCGUGGACAGUACGACGCGUUCGAGGUUCAAUACAUAAACACGGAGGGGAAUUACAUUCAGAACAUCACCACCGUGAACUCGAUAACGAUCUCCGAUUUGAAACCGCAUAGAAAUUAUACUUUCACAUUGGUGGUCCGUUCCGGGACCGCAUCCUCUUAUCUGAGAAUAUCGAAUCCUCUGAGCGCGAGUUUCACCACAAGCGAGUCCUAUCCCGGAAAGGUGGAGAAGUUCCAUCCCACGGAUAUUCAACCGAGCGACAUUAGCUUCGAGUGGUCGCUCCCCAGCCAAGAGCAGAACGGCAUAAUAAUAAAAUACACCAUCACCUACGGUUUGGACGGCUCGAACCACACUCAGAUGCAGGAUUUCAAGCCGAACGAAUACCGCGGCGUGAUCAAGUCUCUGAUACCUGGAAAGACGUACAUGUUCAGGAUCCAAGCGCAGACGAGGAUAGGGUUCGGGCCUGAGGCGGCGUGGAAGCAGAAGAUGCCGAUCCUCGCUCCUCCUAAACCGCCCACGCAGGUGGUGCCGACCGAGGUGUGCAGGAGCAGCACAACGAUACAGAUACGGUUCAGGAAAAAUUACUUCAGCGAGCAGAACGGAGCCGUCACGUCCUACACGAUCAUCGUCGCCGAGGACGACAGCAAGAACGCGUCUGGCUUGGAGAUGCCCAGUUGGAGGGAUGUUCAGGCGUACAGUAUCUGGCCCCCGUAUCAGGUGAUGGAGCCUUACUAUCCUUUCAAAAACGGUUCCGUGGAGGAUUUCACGAUCGGGAGCGAGAAUUGCGACAACAAGAUCGGAUACUGCAACGGCCCGUUGAAAUCUGGAUCCACGUACAGAGUAAAAGUUCGCGCGUUCACCGCCCCGGACAAAUUCACGGACACGAGUUACAGUUUCCCGAUUCAAACAGGAUUGCUGCUGGCAGAUAAGGACAAUACGGCUAUCAUAGUUGGAGUCACGGUCCCGAUAGUACUUUUACUGGCUUUAUUGGGUAUCGGGUUAUUGGUCAGGCGGAGAAGAAGUCAGGGACGGAAGACAACCGAAACGAGGACCACCGACAAUUUGUCCCUACCGGACAGCGUGAUCGAUACCAGUCGGCCAAUCAAGAUAGAAGAUUUUUCUGAACAUUAUCGGACCAUGUCGGCCGAUUCCGAUUUCCGUUUCUCGGAGGAGUUCGAAGAGUUGAAACACGUCGGAAGGGAUCAACCUUGCACAGCCGCCGAUCUACCGUGCAACAGGCCGAAGAAUCGUUUCACGAAUAUUUUACCUUACGAUCACAGCAGAUUCAAAUUGCAACCCGUGGACGACGAGGAGGGUUCCGAUUACAUCAACGCCAAUUACGUCCCCGGGCACAAUUCUCCGAGAGAGUUCAUCGUCACCCAAGGUCCUUUGCACUCGACGCGUGACGAUUUCUGGAGAAUGGUCUGGGAAAGCAACAGCAGGGCGAUCGUAAUGCUGACCAGGUGUAUCGAGAAGGGAAGAGAGAAGUGUGACCAUUAUUGGCCAGUCGACACUCAUCCAGUCUAUUACGGUGACAUUUGUGUAACCAUAUUGAACGAGACGCAUUAUCCCGAUUGGAGCAUCACGGAGUUCAUGCUGUGCAGAGGUGACGCGAAAAGAGUGAUUCAACACUUCCAUUUCACAACGUGGCCGGAUUUUGGCGUUCCAAAUCCCCCUCAAACGUUGGCCAGAUUCGUUCGAGCGUUUAGGGAAAGGGUUAGGCCGGAUCAGAGGCCGAUCGUGGUCCAUUGCAGCGCGGGAGUCGGUCGUAGCGGUACGUUCAUCACGUUGGACAGAAUACUACAACAGAUCCUGGUGUCCAAGUACGUGGAUAUCUUUGGAAUAGUGUGGGCGAUGAGGAAGGAGCGCGUGUGGAUGGUCCAGACUGAGCAACAGUACAUUUGCAUACAUCAGUGUCUUUUGGCGGUGUUGGAGGGCCAGGACAUGACUGGCCCGCCGCGAGAGAUUCACGACAAUCAAGGAUUCGAAGGCAAGAAUCGAAGCUCGGUUGAAAAUACAAACAGUCCUGGCGAGGAUGAAAAGGAAAGGUGACCCUCGAACUGCGAUUCCGGCGUCGAUGACGACGAAGGAAUAGCGGAAUCAGGAAUGUGAUGUUCGAAUACCUCGAUUCAUUCAGGGAUCAACGAACACGAGGAUGCUUUAGAGAUAUUUUGAGAAGAGGUGCGGUGCACCGU